AUGGGCUUUACUCGAUUUUCCUUCUUCAUCGCGGCGGUCUGCUCGGCACUGCAGCUUGAGCUCAACACUGCUGAUCUUGUCACCUAUGACUGGCGGGUCACUUCGAUCGCUGCGGCUUUCGACGGUGUCUCCGUACCAACCAUCGGCAUCAACGACAAGGCUGCCGACCAAGCUCUCAUCGAGGUGGAACUUGGACAAGAAGUCGAAGUACGUGUCACCAACGAACUCGACGUUCCCACUUGUUUACACUGGCACGGUUUGAAGCAACUUGGGACCCAAGAGAUGGAUGGAACGUCGGGUAUCACGCAAUGUCAUAUCGAUCCGAACGGAACGGCGGUAUAUCGUUUCACACCCGAUAAGGCCGGUACAUUUUGGUGGCACAGUCACCACUCUACGCAGUAUGCGUACGGGCUUCGCGGCCCAUUAGUCGUCCACGCUCCUGCUAAUGAACGACAGCCGUGGGAAGAGGAUAUCGCUGAGGAAUUCACCGUCCAAUUGGCUGACCAAUACCACGAUGCACCGGUCGGAGCUCCUAUUUGGGAUAGUAUCAUUAUCAACAACCGGGGGCGCUACAACUGCGCUGCCGCGAAGUCUCAUGGUUUUACGAACUGCACGGACGACCAACCGCUAUCCAAAUUCCACUUUGAAACCGGUAACAAGUACUUGUUACGUCUCAUCAAUAUGGCGGCGUUAUCUCCCAUCGUGUUUAGUAUAGACGACCAUGAAUUCCAGGUUGUUGCUGCAGACAGCGACUAUCUCCAGCCCACGGACCUCAUCAACUCGAUUACAAUCAACGCUGGCCAGCGCUACGACAUCAUAAUCCAAGCAAAGAAUUCUAGCUCGGCUAACCAUACUGGUUCAUACUGGAUGCGUGCUACGGGCUUGUAUGGAACACCUUGGACGGGAGGAAACGCACAAAUGGCUGGUGACGGCUUCAAUUACGAAGGGUUGGCAGUUGUUCACUAUGGGGCUGACGACGAGAUCGAGCCCACAUCCAAACAGGCAACGAAUGUGACGACUGUCGGCGAAUUUGAGUUUACGCCUCUUUUAUCAACAGUGCUGCCGUCGACUCCAUCGGACCGUGCGAUUCUUGAAUUUGAUCUUCGCUUUGGUUUGGGAUACUUCUCGAUUGAUGGUGGUGACUAUAACAACUUCGUUGUGCCAGAUGAACCACCACUCUUCACUAUCGCUGGCGGUAUGAAAACGGAGGAGCUGCCCACCAGUGUGAACGCUCGUAAGAUCGAGUACGGUAUGCACAUUGAAGUCGUGCUGGUUAACAACAUGAACGAACAGCAUCCGUUCCAUCUACACUCGCAUUCACCAUGGGUAGUAGGCAGCGGCACGGCUUCAAUUGAGGAGAUCCGUAAUAACUCGCUUCCAGCCUUGAAGCUUGAAGGAGCGAUGACCCGUGAUGUAUACACCGUUCCACCGUGCACCUACGACGAAAGGGAUGUGUGUACUACGGAUGUGGGAUAUUUAGUCCUUCGUUUCACUGCGGACAAUCCUGGUGUGUGGAUCUUUCACUGCCACAUUGACUGGCACCUGGAUGCCGGCCUGUCAAUGGUCUUCGUGGAAGGUGAAGAAGAAUUGCGUGAAAAGGGAGUGAAUGCGUUCUCCAACAGCAUGCUGAGUGUGUGUGGUAGCUCAAGCUCCACAAACUCGAGCUCAAGUUUGACAGGUUGAUAUCCAUUAGGUCGCCUUGCAAUAAAAGACCGAGACAAUUUAAGCACGCUGAUCGUAAACUAGCCUCAAAACUAAUGCAGUCCCCAGCCAGACAAUUCUCUUUGUAGUGAUACCG